CUUUUUUAAGAAAAAGAAGCUUCAGAAUCAACAAGGUUAUAAUAGUCUAAUAUGGGGCUGGAAACAGUUGGAUAUGAUUUAGAAGCGGGAAUUAUACGUUGUAUAUGUGGUUUAGAAGAUGAUGACGGAUUUACGAUUCAGUGUGAGCGAUGUUAUGUGUGGCAGCACGCUGUAUGCGUUGGUAUUGAUCAACAUCAUGUUCCUGAUGAAUAUCUAUGUGAUCUCUGUUUUCCUCGGACAUUAGAUGUUAAAAAGGCGAUAGAAAAGCAACGACGUCGUAGAGAACAAGAAUCAGCGCAUGUGAAAGCGAAUAGUAGUCAUGGUCGAAAACGACGGCAAUUUCAAUGUGGUAUGAUGAAGUCAAAAGUUCAUUCAUUGGGAUCUGUGAAAGAAAAGCCGUUAAAUACGGUUAUUAAGCAUGAUGGAGGUAGAAAGUCUAGAUCAGGAGGUCGUGGAUUUUUUUCAAAGGAUAUAGAAAGUCGAUUUCAAUUAAUGGAAAGGUCAAAUGGGUUGAAUGUGAAUUCAGAGUUACUUUUUGAUUAUAAUACGGAAUAUUCAGUAAUUGAGCAUAAUUUGAUUUCAUCAGUAGGGGCGGAGAUGUAUAUUUCAUUAUUAUUACAAGAUAAGUCAGGGAUGCAUGUAGUUUUAGAUGAUUACUUUACUUCAAAGCAAUUACCGGAGACGUCUAUUCAGCCUACAUCAAAUACAAAUAUUUCUUCAUUAUUACGUUUUUCACUGCAAUCUAAUCAAUUUAUUGCUUCCGGACAAAUUAUUAGAGAAAUUAAGGGUGAAAUUUAUUUGCAGGAUGAAUAUAAAGUUAAUUCUAUUAAUCAUUAUUCAUUCCUUCUUGCACCCAAGCCUUUUGUUUAUUUUGUUUCAGAUUCGAAGCUUUGUAUUGAUACUAGAAGAUAUGGUACUGAUUCAAGAUUUAUUCGUCGAAGCUGUAAACCUAACGCUAAAUUAAUUACUGUUGCGUCAAGUAGCAAUUUUUUUAUUCAUAUUGCACUUUAUUCAUUAACAGAAAUUCAAUCUGGAUCAGAAAUUACGAUUGGCUGGGAUUGGGAUGUAGAUCAUCCAGCUUAUUAUAUAGAAAAUCAAGAAUGUGUUCCUGAAAAUGAUGUUAAAUAUGGUCAAGAACUGAUUUAUUAUAUUAAUGGACUGGAAUGUGCUUGCGAGAUUGGCAAGAAUUGUAUUUUAUUUAGACUUAAACGAGCGUUUUCGAGUAUUUCUAAGGGUAAUAUUAAGUCUAAUAAGAAAAAAGCUAUUUUCCCCCUAAAUAAUACGAAUCAUGAUAUUGAAAAUGAUGAUCCUGAUAAAUCUAUAUCUCAAUUAAAGAAUGAUACAAAUACAGUGAAUAAGCUUCGGAACAUUAACGAAAUAUCUGAAUCACUUGUAAAGAUUCCAUCUUCUACAGAUUCUAACUCGAAUGAUCUAUUGUCUGCAAGAGAAGAGCGUAAAAUUAAGGAUAUAUUGGCACGUAUAGAAAAAUUGGAACAGGAAGAAACUCAAGUUAUUAAAAAAAGAAAACGAGGUAAUGUGAAAUCAAACGGAAAUCACAAAGGAUACGGUCAUCAACGUAGAACAUCAUUGGCUGUUGCGAUUAAACAAGUCUGUCCACAAUCGGGUUCCUCCACACCUCCAAGUUCUCCUAAAAAUGAUGUUUCCGAUGCUAAGUCGUUUCCAAAAUGUCUUGGACGUGUUCCUUCUAGAAUUGCUCGAAUGCAAAAACAUAGAAAAAUUACAAAUGGUAUUUUGGAUGAGUAUUCAGAGAAUAAUGAUAUUCUUCCAUGUAAAAAGAUGUGGAUGAGGCGAUGGAUACAGGAAAAUUUUAAAUAUGAAGCUGAAAAAGUUAUAAAAAAGAAACAGAAAUUGGAAAAUGGUGUUGUUGGAUUCCAGAAUGAUCUUUGUUCUAAAACAUUUAAAGAUAUAGGGAUUAAUUCGGUUAAGCGUGAAAGUCCCCCGUCUUUAACUGAUAUAGCUUUAUUGGAACAAUUGUUACCUGAUAUAGAAUCAUCAGACAGAUUGUCUUUGAGUUUUGCGUCUCCGGAACCUGGUAUUUCUGUACCUAUUUCUGAACCAUCUCAAUUAUCAGAUAAGCUUUCUACACCCUCACUUUUUAAACCUGAACUUGGAUUUUCUUCUGCAUCUGAAUCUCAUAUGUCUUCGUUUACUACUAUUGCAUCACCUUUAACUUCAGAAUUAGAACCUAUUCAAUCUACUGUAUUACUUACAAGUCCUACUUCUAUUUUAGGAUCUUUUCCGAAAAAAAUAUCUCUUAGUGAAUAUAAAAAAAGAAAAACUGCAAAUGAGGAGCUUGUUGCCAAUGAUAAGUCAGACAAUACAUUUAAUAUGCAACAAAUAUCUGUUUUGUCUAACAAUAAUCCUGAUUUUAAAAUACAAAAUUCGGAAAAUACUCUUUUUGAGAAACUUUAGUUUUUUCUGUUUUAUUGAUAAAUUAUGUGUAAAUAUAUUCGGAUGU